AAAGUUACACUGCCACUGGGACUUCAGGAAUAAGUGUGUUAAAUGGCUGAGUCAAAAAACGAAACCACUGUCGAUAACCCUGAGAGUGAUCAAUGUCAUUGUCCGAUAUGUCUGUCGAAGGUAAAAAAUCCGAAAUAUCUACCGUGUUAUCACACAUUUUGUGAGUCCUGUAUUCAGACUUACAUUUCAAGUACGGCGACACAUAAGGAGAAUGAAACAUUAAAAUCGAUAGAAUGUCCAGUGUGUCGAAGAUGUAUCGAGGCUCCACGGAAUGACAUUUCAAGUGAAGAUUGGGCAUCACAAUUACCAAAAAAUAAACUUCUCUUAACUAUAUCUGUAGAUCCCGGACAAGAUGAAAAUAAAUUAUGCAUGAUUUGCAAACGACUGGAGAAAACUGUACCUGCAAACCACUGGUGUAAAGUUUGUAUGGAAGCUAUUUGCGAAGAUUGCAAAUCAUUACAUAGAGUUGUACAAAGUUUGCAGAAUCAUAAAGUUAUCAGUCUUUUAAAUAUCAAGGAGCUGAAAAGUGAAGUUGAGAUAGAGGAGUUCUGCCUCUUACACAAAGGGAAGGCACUUGAUUUGUUUUGCCACGACCAUCAAGAGCUAUGUUGUAGUCUAUGCCUUGUCAAACAGCAUAAAUGGUGUAAGAAUGUUAACUCAGUUGAGGAUAUAGCUCUGGAGAUUGACCGAGAUGGAAUUCAAAAGACUGCUUUAAGAUAUAUCGGUUUGGAGAAAACUGUUAACGAUAUUCUAUCAGAAAACCUGAAAAAAGUAUCAAAACUUCACUCCAGGAAGCAAGAAAUCUGUAAGGUCACUGAAGAGAAAGUUCAAGAAAUCAAAUCAUUAUUGGACAAUGCACAUGCCAUGUGGCUGAAACGCUUUGAACAGAAUCACGCAGACUCCGUUGGAAACAUUGAAAUUGCUUCUGAGGAGUUGAGACGAUUUUCCACUACAGUACAUGAAGCAAGAACAAUGUUACAAUCAGUGUUGAAGAAUGGGUCUUCUAAACAAUUGUUUGUUACAAAUUAUAGAUUACAAAAUCAGAUAUCUGACCACAUCAAUCGUUUGAAGUCUUUGGAUGUUUGGAAUUUCUCGGAGGAUUAUAAGCAACACAGCUCAGAUUUUCUGAAUCAAAUUUCUAAAGCAAACAAAUUUGAAGACGUAGUGUUGUCUAAAUUACAAUCUACGGCAUUGAAGAGAAUUUUAUUAGACGCUCCAGACAAAGAUGAUAUAUUAAAAAAAAGACAAAUCAUGUCUCAAAAGGACUGGAUGAAAGUCACAUUUAAGAAAGUAUCACAGAUUACCGGUUUCGCAGAAAGAGUUUAUUAUGGCUUAUUUACACAUGACACAAGAAUUAUUAUCUUUUACUAA